GCCUUAUGACUGCGCAAGCGUGGAGAUAGAGGAAUUAUGCGAUUGUGGGGGAUGAGCGCUUGUCGCCUGUUGCUUUAAAUGUGGCGGCAGUUGGUGCUGGUGUUGGCGACGGAGUGGGUGGUCAGAGGAUUCAGAUUAUGAAGAUUAAUCAAAACACUGUACUGGAGGGGAAGAAGGUAGUCCUAGUACCAUACACGUCUGCUCAUGUACCUAGAUACCAUGAUUGGAUGAAGUCUGAGGAACUACAGCGUCUGACUGCAUCUGAACCACUCAGCCUUGAACAGGAAUAUGAGAUGCAGUGCAGCUGGCGGGAGGAUGCAGACAAAUGCACAUUUAUAAUACUUGAUGCUGAAAAGUGGUCUAGCCAGAAAGCCUCAGAAGAAGACUGUAUGGUGGGAGAUGUGAACUUGUUCCUUACCAAUUCUGAAGAUCCAACAGUGGGAGAGAUAGAAAUCAUGAUUGCAGAGCCCAGCUGCCGCGGCAGAGGUUUUGGCAAGGAGGCCACUCUCAUCAUGAUGUUUUAUGGAAUUACGCAUCUUGGACUCACCACUUUUGAGGCAAAAAUUAAAUUGGAAAAUGAAACCAGUAUUGGCAUGUUCAAAAAAAUUCAUUUUAAAGAGGUGGGAGUAAAUAAUAUCUUCCAAGAAAUGACACUGAAACUGAUUAUGGACGAACAGGAGAAACAGUGGCUUCUUGAGCAAACUAAUGGAGUGAUUGAAACAAAGUACAAUGCCAUGAAACUACAUCACAAUUGUGACAGCUGAGAAGCUAUGCUCAAUUUGUCUCAAAUUUAGAAAAAAAUGGCUUUUUAUUGUCCAAAAUUGGAAUCGUGUCCCAAAUCCAUAACACUAGUUCUUGCUAAGAAGAAAAUGAGGUGUGACCUCUGCCUUGUUAUUGCCUUAGGUAUUUUUUUUCUAAGGAUAUAAACGUCUAGGAUAUGAGAAUGAACUGCCUCAUCUUAGUGAGAAAAAAGAAUUUUCAGCUGAAAACUCAUUCAGCUUGAACUGAGUUUGAUCAACAGCUGCUGUCAAAAUGAUGCUAUGGACUUGUUUACUGUUUAACUCAGUACAAAUAACAAAGUAUGGCUGAGCUGCAUUUUGAGGCAAAGAACUCAAGGAUGGUGUUACAAAUAGGUUGAGAGUGUCCUCAAUAUAAUGGCUCCAUUUUACCAAAAACCUUAACUUACCUUCUGGGACAUUUUCCAACUUCCCGAUCUAGACUCUAGAACACAGUGUUGGGAUUUCCUACUGGCAUCCCAACCCAGUAUUAACCUGGUCCAGCACUGCAGGUUUUUUUUUUUUAAGUGAGAUAAAACAGCUAAUGCUAAUGAAGACAGCUGACUCUACCCACCUGUAUAUAAAUGUUUUAUGGGUAUUGAACAUUACUGAUGGUUCCAUAUCUGUACAUCUCCUUUAGGAAAUCAAUCAUCCCUCAGUUCCAUUUGUGUUACAUUUAAGUCCCCCUUCAGAGUGAUUUCUCAAACAUCCAAUGGAACUUGGAUGUUCUUUUUCUAUGAGUCCAAUACUACAUAGUUUGUCCAUUUUUUUCAUUAAGUUCAUCCAUUUUGUGAAGAAGCUUGUUUUAAAAAAUGCAAUGAUUGGUGUCUGCUCCAUUUUUUUAUCCUCUAGCUCCUCCUACUGCCCAAUUUUCAAGGUCUUGAAAGGGAUCAUCAUUUUCCCAUAAGAAAUUUUUUUAAAUGAAUUCAAGGCUAUAAUUCCAAAUCCCUCUGGCUGCUUAAUCUAUUGCUAACUUUUUCUAAUUUAUAUACUGAACACCCUUUUGCAAAUAAUCUAAAAAUAUAUUUGCAAUAUUUUUAAAAUCAAACAUGCUAUCUUCAAAGGAGGAGAGAACUCUCUGAAGAAUAUAGUAAAACCAUGGUUGUAAGCGCCGUUUUGUAUAAGAGAUUGAUCAGCAUUCAUUAUUUGGGUUGAGGGGGAAACUGCAUUUGGCAUCACUGUUGCAUAAAGAUGAACCUUCAACCUGUUUAAUAUUCUAAUUGUUUUGUCUUUUUACUUUGUUAUUAAUGAUAAGCACAGUGACAGGUAUGAUCCCUUUAAAAGGCAUAGGCAAUUCAGUACAUCUGGGUAUAUGGUAUAUGGUUUUUAGUCCCGAUUCCAAGUAUCUCAACAUAAGUUGCUCAGCUGCUGCCUUGAAAUAUAAACUACAAAAUAAGAAAUACAUUUAAAAAUAGCAGAGAUUAGUUUAGGCAGAGUGUUCAUAUAUGUCUGUUGGCCUGGAAUGUGCUUCUGUGGUACUGUUGUUCUCGCCUCAAGGCAGUGACAAUCAGCACCAAGCUUCUGAACUAGAGGCUUGCCUCUGUAGAAGCUGGUGACUGCAGUAAAAUCCUUCCGAUAACGAAUGAAUAACACAUUUGGCAAAGUGAUGUCAGCAGUUCUAUUAUUCUGUUGUUUAUAUAUUUAACAUUAUUUUAUUGGUAUUUAUGUAACAGAAUCUUUCAGAGCCAAGGCAGUAGAUAAAGCUUAUAUUAAUGAGGAAAUGCAGCAAUAAAGGGGUUUGGGUCCCAUGAUAUGCUUAUUGUUUUGUUUAGACUGGUUGGUUCCUCAUCAGUUACGUGUAUUUUAUUCUUUUCUGGUUUUGCAUUCUUUUUAUGUGCUAUAAGUCACAGCAACUCAGUAUUUGGAAUUGGGCAACCAUACACAUCCAAGAAAUAAAUAUUUUUAAAGGUUAUCUAAUGAGUUUAUUAUAUUGCAUGUUAUGUGUCCUUAAACUUCAUUCUAUUGUAAUGAUAGUUGAAUUAAGAGAGACAGAAUAAAUGAAA